GGUCUUUUCCAAUAUUCCCCUUGGUGAGUUCGUUUCAAGUGUUUCGUUGGUUUUUCCCUAUGCGAAAAAAAGCCUCUUUCAUCAUUCAUCCCAAAAUCCCCUCCCCCGCUACUACCCACGACUGCUCUACACCUUCCCCCAUCUCUAUCGACUCCCGCUCUCAAGCGCAUUGCGAUCCUAAAUGGGUUGCGCUUGUUCCUCUCUCGGUCGCUCGGCUCUAUCAUCGCGUGGGGGCCCUGGAAACCCGGUCCAGCUUUUCUCUUACGGGAACCGCAUCGCGCCGCCCGAUUCCGCCGCUCGCUCACCGCCUACCAUCCUCCCAUCGCCGUCGCUAUGGUCGCAAUCUCGAUUACAGAGUCAAGCUGGUUGCACGGCCUGAGUGGAUGAGAGAGACUAUCUGGGUGGGGCCGUUGUGGUGGAUGGUCGCAAUCGCCUCGACGAUGGGAGCGACGGGUCGACGGAAACGGCCGCAUGCGGGUCCAAGCUGCACCAUCACGACAAACCGCUUUCCUCUCAUCUGCCUGGCGCAUUGGAAUCGGUUACCUGCGCUUCCUGGUCCGCUUUCCUGCGAUUGUGCGCUGCCUGGAAGGGAAAAAUCACGCUGGUCUGGGCGAAUUCCGGUGCCUGCUCUGCGAUCGUGGCCUAGCGGAGCUUUGCUAUUGCGAUCGCUUCGGUUCUUCUGCCCUCGACACUCUCAACCCUUCACACUCCUUCCGACUCUAUCUUCUUCUUUUUUGUCUUGUGAAUUCAACGCAGUUCAAAUACAUGCGCACCCAUCUUUGUUUCCUCACACCCACUCCUCACACCCACUCCUCACACCCACUCCUCACACCCACUCCUCACACCCACUCCUCACACCCCUGUGAUUGCUCUUCAUCUCAACACUUGCUCGUUCCACGCACUCUCCUCGUUUCUCCUACUCCCGCGACGCGGAAACCAGGACAUCGACAUCAGACAAGACCGAAUCUCAUUCUAACAUUCUCUUGCUUCGGCAAUUUCAGGAAGCCUAACGCCCAUCUCUUA